UAUAAAUUUACUUCUAAUUAACUGCCGCACGAACCCAAAAAGCAAAAAAAAAAAACAGAGAAAGCGCGAUGAAAAUUGCUCCAAUGAAACCUCACUUCUUUAAACCAAUUUUACCAAAUUUCAAGCAUGGAAUUAAAAUCCCAAUAGCUUUUUCCAAGCAUCUGAAGGGAAUUAAUCAAGAACGUGCAAUAUUGAGAAGGGGUGGUAAGAAGUGGUGUGUGAAAGUGAACGGACGGCUAUUAGGAGAGGGUUGGGCAAAGUUUGUAGAGGAACAUGAUUUACAGUUGGGAGAUGUAUUGAUUUUCAGACAUGAAGGAGCAAUGGAGUUUGAAGUUUCCGUCUUUGAUUCAAAUCAAUUUGAGAGAAAAUACGAACAUACUGCGGAAGGAGUUAAUGAAGCAGGAGAGGAAAUCAAUCAUACAUGCAAGAAAUUCACAUCACAAGCAAAAACAACAAAAAAGCCAAAGCUCGACAGCAAGUCACCACACGAAGUUUUCCCCAAAGUAGAAGCUGAAGAUAACAUGCCUCUCGGUCGCCCUCAUUUCAUUUAUACUAUCACACCUUAUUUCCUUUCACGGGAUCAUUUGCAACUUCCAGUCCCAUUUGCUCGGGAUAACGGUCUCACGGACAGGAAAUGUAUGAUAACAAUAAGGGAUGAGCAAAGGUCUUGGAAACUUAUACUAUAUUCGUCUGGCGCACACACCUACAUUAGCGGUACAUGGCGUAAAUUCUGCAUCGCAAAUUGCUUAAAGGAGGGAGAUCAGAUAAUGCUUGAGAUUGUUGCAAAAGGAAAGAAUCCUAUAUUGAGAUUUUACGAUCUGAGAGCAAAUGCAUCACUUCAUCCCGAAGGAAAGAAGCCUAAUUUGGAUGCUAAAAGAGCUUCAUCCCGCAGGAAAGAAACAAAUGUACUAGCUUCAACAUCUGCUAAUGCUGACGGUCACUUUGUUACUAUUAUUAAGCCUUAUGCCGUCAUCCGACCUCUCCUUUAUCUUCCAAUGGCUUUUGCAAGACCAAAUGGCUUGAUGAGACGUACUAAAAUGAUUCUCAGAGAUGAGAAAGGAAGAUCAUGGUCAGUGCAACUAGGACCACUGGGACCUCGUUUUGGAAUUACCAAGGGAUGGCGACAGUACAGAGAAGCAAAUGCUGUCCACGUAGGAGAUACUUACAAGUUUGAACUCAUCGACAAUGGAAUGAUACCUGUAGCGUAUUUUCGUAUUUUAAAGCAAGAUCUGAGAGAAAAUGCAUCAUUUCACCCCGAAGAAAAGAAGUCUAAGUUGGACGCUAAUGCUAACCGUCAAUUUGUUUCUACUAUUAAUCCCUAUUCCUUCCGCAAGCCUUACCUCCUAAGUAAUUUGGAUUAACUUUAGUUAAGCCCUUAUUAGCUAUGAUCUUCUGUAGUAGUUUCUCUUUUCUUAUGAUAACGCGACAUUGAUUGGGAUAAAACUUGAGCAGUAUCUUCCAUUGGCCUUUUCAAAAUCAAAUGGCUUGGUGAAUAGACGUUGCAAGAUGAUUCUCCAAUGAUACCAAAUGGUAUCUACAACACCAAAAUAGUCCACAAACAGUCACAACAACACUCCUAAAUCCGCAACAACAAGACAACAAUACCAUACAAAAAGCAAAUGCAAACUUAAAACAAUAGAAGGAUAGGUAACUUGACACAAAGAGAACACAUAAUGUAGCAACUAAAGAGUAAAUUAAACUCUAAAACCUCUACAAAAUACGUUAACAAGCAC